GUGAGCAUGCGAUUUAUCCUUUUAAAGGUGGAAAAAGUGUAAGCUUGUAGCGGGUGAAGCCGCCGCCCGGGCGCCAUGGCUGCUAUGUGCUAGCAAAUAAUAUUAAUUUGGACUUUGGAGCAUGCAUGUUACUGCAAGUCAAUAGGCUCUCCUCACUAACUCCACUAUUAUAAAGUGGCCCCGGAUGGAGAGCCACAGAUCAGGCAGCGGCGACGGCGACCGACGGUGACGACCCAAUUGACCGGAGAGCAAGAAACUAACUGCAGGAGAGAGCAGGGAGGAUCGACGGCGAUUCAGAGAUGAGCAGGGUUUGCGUCACCGGAGCCGCCGGCUGCAUCGCGAGCUGGCUCGUCAGCAAGCUCCUCGCCAGGGGCUGCGUCGUGCACGCCACCCUGCGAGAUCUCGGUGACGCGAAGAAGACGGAGCUGCUGAGGAGGCUGCCCGGCGCGGCGGAGCGGCUGGUGCUGUUCGAGGCCGACAUGUACGACGCCGACACCUUCGAGCCGGCUAUCGCCGGCUGCGAGUUCGUCUUCCUCGUCGCCACCCCGUUGCAGCACGACCCCCGCAGCACCAAGUACAAGAACACCACCGAGGCCACGGUGGACGCGAUGCGCAUCAUCCUGCGGCAGUGCGAGCGCUCCAAGACGGUGCGUCGCGUCAUCCACACCGCCUCCAUCACCGCCGCCUCGCCGCUCCGGGAAGACGGCGCCGGCGGCGGCUACAAGGACUUCAUCAACGAGUCCUGCUGGUCUCCUCUCAACCUCACCCACGACUUCACCAACGCUUACCUCGACGGCUACGUGUCAUCCAAGUCGCUCUCCGAGAAGGCGCUGCUGAGCUACAACGACGAGCCGCCGGCGCCGGCGUUCGAGGUCGUCACCCUGGCGUGCGCGCUCGUCGGCGGCGACACGCUCCAGCCGCGCCUGUGGAGCUCCAUCCCGGUGAUCGUGGCGCCGCUCACCGGCGACGAGGGCUACCACAACUCCCUCAAGUUCAUCCAGGCGCUGCUGGGCUCCCUGCCGCUGGCGCACAUCGACGACGUCUGCGACGCGCACAUCUUCUGCAUGGAGCAGCCGUCCAUCGCCGGCCGGUUCCUCUGCGCCGCCGGCUACCCCAACAUGAAGGACUACGUCGACCGCUUCGCCGCCAAGUUCCCCGACAUCGAGAUCAAGCUCAAAGAGAUCACAGGGGAGGGGGUGAGGGUGCAAGCUGACACCAACAAGCUUGUGGAUUUAGGGUUCAAGUACAAGUAUGGGGUGAACGAGACGCUGGACAGCAGCGUGGAAUGCGCCAAGAGACUGGGAGAGCUAUAAUGUGAUAUGCAGUAUAUCUAUACUACUUUAAAUGUCUCUAUUACUAAUGACAGUGAAUCCGACACCCUAGUAAAUUUUCGCAGCUUUUUGCUUUACAAAUUAGUCCUGGAUAUACUAGUCUUCCAUUUUUGUUGUGCUAGUCAAUCCGUCG